AUGGACUCUUCAGAACUCUACCAUGUAAAACAGCAAUUCAUUCUGGGUGCCUACAAGACGCUCAUCACGUCCAGUCUUCCAGAUGAAUCAUCGCAGGAUUACAUCCCCAUCCUUCUCUACCAAGUUCGCGCGCAUAUAGCUCUGAGCGACCCUCAAUCGGCCCUCAAACUCAUUCCAUCUGGGACUGAUAAUGUUGCGCUGAAGGCUGCUGCAUCACUGGCGCGAUACGUUAGUGGAACCGACACGGACGCCGUUUUGGAGGAGCUGAGGGAUUUAUCGGUGGAGGUUGAAGGAGAUGACGCAGAGGGUAGCGAGCGAGAUCGCGCGAUGGUACGCGUGCUAGCUGGAACGGCGUUCGCUAGGGCAGGAGAGGUGGAGGAGGCGCUGGAGACUCUGGGAGCCGAUACGGAGGAUCUGGAAGCCGUCGCUGUCGUCGUGCAGAUAUACCUCUCCAUCAACCGUCCAGACUUGGCCAGGAAGGAAUUCGAACGGGCCAAACGCUGGGCGGAGGACGAUCUCCUCCUGCAACUCAUCGAAUCUACCAUUGGGCUCGUCACUGGCAAGGACAGCUAUUCAAAUUGCAGCUCGUUCUACUCAGAGCAGAUCGCCAAUCCUUCUCUCUCCUCGCCGCAUUUGCUGACCUCGCGAGGUGUUACCAGAAUUCUGCGAAAUGAAUUCCAGGAGGCGAAGUCGGAUCUGGAAGAAUCUUUGACGCAACAGAAGGAUGACGCAGAGGCUCUGGCAGCCCAUGUCGUCGCCAGUGGUUUGGCGCCGUCGAAAAAGGGCGAAGCAGAUGACUUGUGGAAUCAACUUGUUUCUGAGCAUCCUACCCACCCCAUCGUCAUCGAUGUCGCCAAAAAGUCACAAUUCUUUGAUGAAUGUGCUGCAAACUUCACUGUACCUCCGACAGCUGUGGCCUCGAGGGCGUAA